GUUACAUAGGUGAAGUAAGAGUGAAAAUGAAAUGAGAAAUUGCCAAUGCACUUGACGGUGAUUUCCACCUUUUUCUUGUUCCCUCCGCCCAUUUUCUCUCUUGACUCUAAACAAUAAUACACUACUAAUAACCUUUUCUUCUUCUCUUCUCUUUCUCUUUCUCAUUCCAUUGAUUACAAUGUCUGUGUUCUCCACAACACCCAAUCUUUCUCUCCCUCUCAGAUCCAAUGCUAACCCUAUUCUUCCUUCUCCCACACUCACACCUUUCUUCGGAUCCACUCGCAAAUUUCACUCCAUUUCUCCAAUUAGGCUUUCCAACCAGACCUCCAUCGUUGCCUCCGUCUCCGAUGCUCUCAAGACCAACACUCUCACUUCACCCUCCAAUUUGCUAAUUACCAAGGAGGAAGGUUUGGUUAUCUAUGAAGACAUGAUAUUAGGCAGGUCUUUUGAAGACAUGUGUGCUCAGAUGUAUUACAGAGGAAAAAUGUUUGGUUUUGUUCACUUGUAUAAUGGCCAAGAAGCUGUGUCAACUGGAUUCAUCAAGCUUCUUAAGAAAGAAGACUCUGUUGUGAGCACUUAUCGAGACCAUGUUCAUGCACUCAGUAAGGGGGUUCCGGCGCGUGCUGUGAUGAGUGAGCUCUUUGGUAAGGCCACUGGAUGCUGCCGGGGUCAAGGUGGAUCUAUGCACAUGUUCUCGAAAGAACAUAAUGUGAUCGGUGGGUUUGCUUUUAUUGGGGAAGGAAUUCCUGUGGCCACUGGAGCAGCAUUUUCCAGUAAGUAUAAAAGGGAGGUAUUGAAACAGGCAGAUGCUGAUUAUGUGACAUUGGCAUUUUUUGGAGAUGGAACGUGUAAUAAUGGACAGUUCUAUGAAUGCCUAAACAUGGCAGCUUUAUGGAAAUUGCCUAUUGUGUUUGUGGUGGAGAACAAUUUGUGGGCUAUUGGAAUGUCGCAUCUAAGGGCAACUUCAGAUCCUCAGAUAUGGAAGAAAGGUCCAGCAUUUGGAAUGCCCGGGGUUCAUGUUGACGGGAUGGACGUUUUGAAGGUACGAGAAGUGGCAAAGGAAGCAAUUGGGAGAGCUAGGCGAGGAGAGGGACCAACUCUGAUAGAAUGUGAGACCUAUAGAUUUAGAGGACAUUCAUUGGCUGAUCCUGAUGAGCUUCGUGACCCUGCUGAGAAGGCACACUAUGCUAGUAGGGAUCCCAUCUCUGCAUUGAAGAAAUAUAUUAUUGAGAACAAAUUAGCCAGUGAACUGGAGUUGAAAAACAUAGAGAAGAAGAUUGACGAGGUCAUUGAGGAAGCUGUCGAGUUUGCAGAGGAGAGCCCCGUUCCACACCGCAGCCAGCUUCUGGAAAAUGUCUUUGCUGAUCCAAAAGGUUUUGGAAUUGCACCCGAUGGCAGUUACAGAUGUGAAGACCCCAAAUUCACUCAAGGCACUGCUCAUGUCUAAUCUUUUCAAGUUUGACAUUUUUCUGGUUGGAGCUUUCAGAUUCGGAUGCAUGUUCUUAUUCAUAUACUUAAUAGAGUUUUCAUGUUAGUUAGAAAAUGUAUUACCUUUUAUAAACUAUAUAAGCAGGAUUUGUUCUUUAGGAUGGGAUUUUAUAUUUUUUUCUCCUCAUAUUUAUAUCAUUCUUAAGGAACUAGUGUCAACAAUGAAAAUCCAUAAAAUUGGAUUCCUUCUGUUUUCAUGUA